CAAGAAGCGCUCGUGUUCCCGGAGCACCAGCACGCAGGAGAAAAGCGAGCCGCCUCUUUCACACGACUGAACGCUCCUGCUGAAGUCCUCAGGAUUCCUAAACUCAAUGUGACUAACUGCUUCUCCGCACCAAUUGUCGGCUCUGUUCUCCCAAGUCACUGGCUAUUUGGAAGCGAGCCGAGCCCGGAGCACUUUCUGACAGGUGUUUCGGUUCCACCCAGGACUUAGAGGAGACUCGAUACUGAAAUCAUGUCCAACGGGAAAGAUGCACCUGUUAGCGCGAACUCCACACAGACGUCCUUAAAGGCAUGUCUUGAAGAGUGUAUGGAGGCCUUGGAUCUGUUCCUCAACAACCACUUCAGCGAGAGUCUGGACAAACUGCAGCCACGAUGUAAAGAGAGUAUGUAUCAUGCUCUGAUCUACGCUACAGUGUUGGAGAUGCAGGCUAUGAUGACCUUCCAACACGACGACAUUGUCAACGCAGGAAACACAAUGAAGAGUGCUCAAGAGGUUUGCCAGAGGUUUCGUAAGAGAUCUGGCAGUCUGGCAGCCAGAGCAGCAGGAGAUGAGUUGUCUGAAGAGGAGCUCCAUGCUGAAGCGUGUUAUGCCGAAUGCUUGCUACAAAGAGCUGCUCUCACAUUUUUACAGGAUGAGAACAUGGUGAGUUUCAUUAAAGGUGGAAUCAAAGUACGCAAUAGCUACCUCAUAUACAAGGAGCUCCACUCUUUUAUUGAGUCACAUAGCUCCUUCAAAGGGCCAAAUCACAAGCACCUGGAGGGAGGGGUGGCGUUUGGAAUUGGUGCUUUCAACUUGACACUUUCCUUGUUCCCUGCACGGAUUCUCAAAGUUUUGGAGUUUGCUGGAUUUUCUGGGGAUAAGGAAUAUGGGCUUUCCCAGCUGUAUGAAGGGGCCAUCUCCCAUAACCUGCGUUCUAUGCUAUGUGCCCUGCUGCUGCUCUGCUACUACACCUUCCUCUCAUUUAUUUUAGGGACAGGUGAGGGAGAAGUAGCUGAUGCUGAGAAUCUGCUGAAACCAUUUCGGCUACGAUACCCACGUGGGGCGAUAUUUCUUUUCUUUGCAGGCAGAGUGGAGGAAAUAAAAGGCAACAUUGAUGAGGCAGUGCUGCUGUUUGAGGAUGGCUGUAAAGCGCAGCAGGCCUGGAAGCAGUUUCACCACAUGUGCUACUGGGAACUGAUGUGGUGCUUCACCUACAAGAGGCACUGGAAGAUGGCAUACUUCUACGCCGACCUGCUCAGCCAGGAAAGCCGCUGGUCCAAGGCUAUGUACGUGUACAUGAAGGCUGCUUGUCUCAGUAUGCUGCCAGAAGGGGAGCCUCGGCCAUUUGGGGAGAACGAGAGAGAGCUCUUCAGGCAGGUGCCAACCUUCAAACAGAAGAUAGCAGGGAAGUCUCCUCCUACAGAGAAGUUUGCUAUCCGCAAAGCCCGACGCUACAGAGCCAGCAACCCCAUACCCCUCCCUGUUCCUGUGCUUGAGAUGAUGUACAUGUGGAAUGGCUUCUCCAUGAUAAGCAAGCAGCCGGAGCUCACAGCAGGCAUACUGGAAACUGUGCUGGAGGCAGAGCAAUCCCUGCAGGCUGCUCCCGAGAAUGUGUACAGUGUGGAUGACAGCUGCCUGAUUUUGCUGUUGAAGGGACUGUGUCUGAAGAACCAAAACCGACUGCAUGCUGCUGAAGAUUGUUUUAACAAAGUUUACAGCAGUGAGAAGAAGUUGAAGUAUGACCACUACCUGAUUCCUAACACUCUGUUGGAGCUGGGCCUGCUCUACGCUGAUACAGGGAGGAGGGAUCAAGCCAUCAAACUCCUGCAGAAAGCCAAGAAUAACUACAAAGAAUACUCAAUGGAGUCCCGCACUCAGUUCAGGAUCCACGCAGCUCUGUCUAAACUGAAGGCCGACACGAGUGACCAGGACGAGAUCACAGCGCUGUAACUAUUACCAGCUGAAGUGGCAUGUUGAGGACUAAUUCAUCUAGUGAACUACAAUACCAAAGAGACACUGUCAUCCUCACUCCCUAAUUCUGUCCAGUGGAAGGUUAAAUAUAAAGGACCCAACUCAGACAGUCUUGUGGACAUCUUAGGGACAUUUAAAACACUGUAUUCGUAGCCAAUUCACAUGAUAUGUGUAUUUUAGGAUAAAUAGCUUAGAUAUAUAAGUAAUAGACAGUUUAUUGUGGGUGAGAUUUCCAAACAUUUCCACAUGAAAAGAGUAUUAAAUAGUAAUAAAUCUACCUUGAGCUACAGCAGCACUUUUAGGAAGGAAAUAUUUCUCAGGCUUUUCCAAUUAUUUUUGAUUUAUUGAAGAUGAUUAGGUAUGCCAUCUAUGGUAUACUAUGAAAGCAUUGCGAGGUGACGUUUUCUCUAAGAAAUCAGAUGAAGCAGUUAUUGUUCAGUUACAAAAAACACCAUGUACAAUCUUCCAAGUUAAAGAAAUACUAAUUCACGACUAAAUAUAGCAUAUGACUGUUCUCGACUAGGAGCUAAUUCUUCCACUAAAAGGUGAUCAAUAUAUUCCAGGAAGGACUAGCUUUGGUCUGAAGGCCAAAUUUACACUGCUAAUUGUUUUAAAUUGAUUUCUGUGUGAAAGCCAAGAUGCAGUGGCUACACAUUUCUAAGAUAUCUUAUCAGAGUUUAUGCUGAAAGGAUAUUUUGUAAAACUAACAAUGUUGCACCAAAGGUUUGUGGAGCCACUUUUUGAAUGCAGCAUAAGCUGCAGAAAAUAAAUAUAUUAUAAAUCCAGUACCAAGAGUUACUUUUUAUAUCAUCAGUUAUCAAAAAUGAAUAUACAUUUGACACAAUACUUGUAACCUAGAAAUCAUACCGUGUUACCUGUUCACACCCAUACCCUGUUCAUACCCUGUUCACACAGUUUGCUUUUUUGGUAUGUGUAGUUUAUUCCAGUACGAACUGAAAAUGGCCACGUAUUAACAAAGAACACCGGAUAUUGACUUAAUUUGUAUGGUCCUUUGUUUUACACGUUAUAAUCACUAUAAUGCUUUCUGUCAGUGACACAUUUUGACUUCCAUUCAUUUAACAUUUAAGAAAAACUUGAGAAAUCUUGUUUGAGAAAUAUAAUUUGACAAACUUUUCAUAACUGAUGAAAUAAAAAUAGUUUUUGUGGCUGUGGGA